AUGCCCAACGAAACUUGCGACUAUGGUGACCUGAAGGUCACGCUUACAAGUGAUCUGCAAUGGAUGUGGAACGAGAAGGACACUGGAGGCGACCUAUACGGCGAAGCUACGCUCUUGGUUGGAAACGCCUCCAAAGGUUCUGAGAAGCCAGCCGUUGCAAGUCCAACUGGUUACACAAAGAUCUGGACCGGUCGCGGCAGUGGCGGCAAGUACGACGGCUCUUUCUGGAGGCCGAUAGCUCCUUCUAGAUACGUCGCGUUAGGAUAUAUCUGCAUCAGUAAUAAUAAUACUCCAUCAGUCAACUAUAUGUAUACAGAAGAGAUCGAGAAGAUCGCAGUCCUUGAUGAUCUAUACAGGGCCAACUCCAACUAUGAAAUGCCUCCCGUCGGACUCGCUAGGAUCCUAGGACUGCCAUGCCCAAAGGACUUCAAUGAAUUCAGGGCAAAGAUACCCCAAUUCACCAAGGACAACCUUCUCAUUGCUAGCCAGAUGUUUAGCGAGCUGCCACAGUGCGAGGUCAUACUGACCUUCACUGCGUUCUUCGCAGUAACAGAUAGGGCGAACUUGGGGGUGUCCAUCUCAGCAUCCGUUGGAAUCAAGGCUAUAGGUGGAGGUGUAGACGUCAGUCUCAACUACCAAUUUACGUCGAAAACGUCCUCUUCGUACGGUGAAUACUCAGAGUAUACCCACGAGCAACGUUACACCAUUGCACCGCGUACGGCUACUAUACUCCUAAGUGAGCGUGUGUGGAUGCAGGCUACGCGCAGUGAUGAUUCGGUGUCUCUACGGGAAAUCAGUUUCACCUCCACCGAUAAUACGAACAGGGUUGAAGCUUCAUUCGAAUGA